CGUCAAUCCAUUCCACUGAUUUUGGAAAGUAGUGACUGGGUGAGAGCAAGAGUCCGCAUAAAACCGUUUUCGGAGCAACUGCACAACAUGGCCAGCGAAGAAAGUUCCACCAUUCCCAGGGAAAAUCAAGUGACUCCGUCCAACGAAGAACCUGAAACAAUGGCUUCCCAAAGGGAUAUUGAAAAAAUGGAAGAAGAGAAGUUGAAAGCUAAAUACAAUGCCCGACCUGUAACUGGACACUCAGCAUUCUUGCAAAAGAGACUUGCCAAAGGUCAAAAGUACUUCGACUCUGGUGAUUAUCAAAUGGCUAAACAAAAAGUCCCAGCUAAGAUACCAACCACAACAGCAACAGUAGUACCACCUGCAAAUCUUGGACAUCCAACUGGUGAUGCCAUUCCAACUCCGGAAUCUGUUCCUACCAGGAAAACAUCAAUUAUUCAGAGCAAACUCGCAAGUCCUGCAAUGUAAAAAAAGAAGAAGAAAAAGCAACAUCACCUGAAAGUCUUAACCGUGUGCGGGCAUGAAUUUGGUAUCGGGCAGUUUGUAUACAAGUUUUGGUGUAAUAUCUUCAUGUCAUGUUACGUUUCGGUGGCUGCAUUCAAUUUUUUUAAAAUCAACUCUUUGGCGCGCUCUUUACUUUUCCGCCUCUCUUUAUAUUUUUUCGCUUGAAAUGAUGAGAAUAACCUGGAGUUCCGUGAAUCGGAAGACGCUAGAUAGACUCCUUUCUCCCGGACAAAAGAAAUGAAAAUACAUACAGUGGCAUCACUUAA